UGUAACACUGCGGGAAAUUCUCCUGAGAAGCCAUCCGCUAAUUUAGAGCCUAUUAUUAGAGAUAAACCACCAAUUCCCACUAAAAAACCCAUUCAACAUAAUAUUCCGCCCUUACUUACUAAAUUUUACA